AUGUCAGGCUCUACCGGCGCCCGGAUGGAAGAUGGCAGCGGGAACGGCGGCGGAAGACGGAAGAGGAUGCUGGGCUAUCUCAAGGCCGCCAACGACCUACGACAGGCUUACUCGGCCAGCUGGUCGAGAGGAUACCAAGACCAGGAGGCGAGCAGCCCCGGCAUGCCCGGUGGCUUCCCAGAGACCGAAGCCUCCGUCCGUGGAGACGAGCAGAUGAUACUCUUCCCCAGCUACGGAAGACGCCACGCCGUCCAUCGUCGGUCUUCUUCAGCCGACGGUGACGAGCAGGAUGGCUGCCAGAGGACCGGAAGCCCAGGCUCCGCCGCCGCCGUCGAGGUCGAUGUCGAGGUCGAGGUCGAGGUCGAUGCCCGGGGAUGGAUAUAUUCCCCCCAGCGAGGCCCCAUGAACAGAAAGACUCGCAUACUGCUUGCCCUGGCCAGGCGGCUGAGUGGCAUCCAGACUCCCAGUGCUGCUUCUUCGGACGUCGAGGGCUCGCCCGGCCAGGAUGAUGCCUCCAUCAAUCAAAAGGUGGACUCCAUCAUGAACAUGGCCCAGGAGAGCAUCCAGCAGCAGCAGCAACAGCAGCAGCAUCAACAACAGCAGCAACAGCAGCAACAGCUGUCCCCCGAACAGAUGGCGGCCGCCAACGCACAGCUGAUGGAGCGUCUGACUCCCUUCCUCACCACCCCGGCCGUCAACAUCCCCGUCACCGUCUUCUUCUUCAACAAGACCCAGAGCCAGUCGAGAACCAUCUCGACCAACGCGAGUGGCCAGUUCAUCCUCCGUGCCUCCCUCGACUUUGUUCCUACCCAUAUCCGGGUGCUCGCGGCCGAGCACCUGUCCGCAACCGAAGAGGUCAGCCUGUCCGACCCCGGCGGCAUCAGCCUCAUCAGCGAUAUAGACGAUACCAUCAAACACUCCGCCAUUGGGGACGGGGCCAAGGAGAUCUUCCGCAACACAUUUGUCCGCAAUCUAAACGACCUCACCAUCGCCGGUGUCGGUGACUGGUACACCAAACUCGCGGAGAUGGGGGUCGGCGUCCACUACGUCUCCAACUCGCCGUGGCAGCUAUACCCGCUUCUGAAGAAGUACUUCUCCCUCGCCGGGCUGCCCCCCGGCUCAUUCCAUCUGAAGCAGUAUUCUGGCAUGCUGCAGGGGAUCUUCGAGCCCACCGCAGAGAGGAAACGGCCGAGCCUGGAGAGGAUCAUACAAGACUUCCCCCACCGCAAGUUCAUCCUCGUCGGCGACAGCGGAGAAGUCGAUCUCGAGGUGUACACCGAACUCGCAAUGGCAAACAAGGGCAGGAUCCUGGGCAUUUUCAUCCGUGAUGUUACCACCCCUUCCGUACAGGGGUCGAACCCUCGCCUGGAGAGACGAAAGCGAAAUAACUCCAGCAUCGACUUUAGCGGGCUCCUCAAGACGCCCGAGAACAAACCUACCCUGCCGCUACGGAGGAAACCCGAACGAGAAGAGACGGUGGUCCCCAUGGGCAACCUCAUCGACCUGGACGACUGCGAUGACGAUGUGCCGAAACUAGAUAUUUCCGGCAUCCAGAAGCCAGUUUCCUCCUCCGCAGUACCGCCACCGCCCAAGCCAGCCAAACCGGCGGGCCUUCGCUCUGCAACGGUCUGCCCCAAGAGCGGUAGCACCGGCAGCAAGCCUACUCCCGCAGCUUCGACAGCCAACAGGAAACCCGUACCCGCGGGCCCUGGCAGCCCAGCCGCCCUCUCCCGGAGCCCGUCAACCGACAGCUACGUCAGCAGCUUCAGAAACCAAGCUGCCAGCCUGUACAGCCAGCUUCCUUCUGCCAGGGAGUACGCCGAGCGUAUAUCCAAUGCCAUCCCUCUAUCAUCGUCAAACAGGACCACCCCUGCUUCCUCCCCAAAGGCAAAGCCCGCCCCGCCUCCCGUUCCUCCUCCACGCCGGAGCGCUACCGCAACCAACCUCUCUGCCCCGACGAGAGGCAGUACACCAGCCUCCGCAGUCCCAGGUUCAUCCUCCCCAACUCUUGACGGAUCCCAAGGCUCGCUGGGCGUACCCGCAAACGAUAUGAACAGGGCAAAUUCCAUGCCUCCUGCACCGUUCAGACGGACAAACUCAUACCAGUUCUCUGAAGGACAGGCCGGCGGUCUCAACAAACGAGAAGAGAUGUGGCUGAGGCGCUGGGAGCGGGCCAAAGAGACUCUUGACCGCGAAGGGGUGCCUCUGUACAGUUGGAGAGAUGGCGGAGAUGUGGAACAGCCGUGCUUAGAACUAGUCAGGAGAGCCCAGAGGGAGGUUUGA